AUGGCGUGGACUUGCACUGCAUGCGAGUUUGCAGCCAAUGAGGAUGGACAAGCGGCGUGUGUGGCCUGUGGCUCCGAACGUCCUGAACAGGAGCAAAAGGAAACCGCAGACGAGUCGGAUAAUGGCGAAGUGGCUCUUGAAGUUGUAGUCAUUGAGCUUCCGGCGAAAGAAAAACUUGGUGUAAAGCUGAUGCCUCCUAAAGAUGGUGUGAUCAAUCAUGGUCUUGCUAUUGAUAAUAUCAACAAUCCAUUACUGGAAAAUAAAGUGCAGGCUGGCGAUCUGAUUGUGGCUAUCGGAGGAAAAAAUGUAGAUGGUAUGGGCUUUUCGGAUGCCAUCGAUUUGAUCCGAAAAUUACCACGACCUCUUGCAAUUUCGUUUGAAAUUGAUGAAGUGCGACGUCAAGAAGUUGUGCGUGAAAAGUUUCAACAAAAUCAAGACGAUGAUUUAGACACACAAUUAACAACAUACGCAGUGGUCUUUGACAAUGGUCCCAUGGGUCUUAAUUUGGAAGAAGCUGUCCGAUAUGGUAUCGAUGGUGCUGUCGUGCGUGCACUUAAGGGUCAAGCCAAGACAAGUGGAAUGAUUUCGGUAGGCGACAUCGUAUACAAAGUGAAUGAGACGGAUGUACUCUGUAUACCAUAUCUUGAGGUUAUGAAUGUGCUUCGAAAUGCGACAGCUCCGAAAACGCUGCAAUUUGUGCCAAAGGACAAAUUAGCGGAUGUUCAGCGCGUUAACUCGCGCCACUCAGAGUCUUUCCGGCUUCGUGAAUCGACAUCGCAUGUAAAGCAAAAGCUGAUGAAUAAUCCACGAAUCGUAAAGGAUGAGGGUCAUGAUGGGGAUGACAAUCAAUCAAUUGCUCAGUUGAUUCUUGACAAUCAAGGUGCAACAAUUAAAAAGGGUCGCAUGUACAAGCAGGGUCGAGUUAUGCGAAACUGGAAGUCUCGAUACUUUGUCCUGAGCGUGUCGAAAGUUGAAUAUUUUAAAAGUCCCAGCUCGACAACUUCGCGUGGUGAAAUGAGUUUCUUAAAUCACCGCAGCACGGUGCGUUCCUUGCCCGGAACGGGAGAUGUGGUGUGUCGCUCACCAAACGUCACUGCUGAGUUUCUGCUGGAACUCCGCGUUGAUGAUCGUCGUAUGGUCAUGGCGUGUACGUCUGAAUCUGAUAAAAAGGGCUGGAUGGAUGCUAUAAAGCUGGCAAUUGAUGCUUCAAAGACUGUCAAUCGCACUCAAAAUCUUAACGAAUCACUGCGAGAAGCCAAAGCGUUGCGAACACAGCGUACUGAGAGUCUUUCAAUGGACGGUACUUUCUUAGAACGAAACGCGGGUGGACGUCUUUCUCAGUUCAAUUACGAGGCUUUUUCGACUCCCGUGAUUCAUGUUGGUGUUUUGUCAGCAACGAAUUUGACCAAGUCGGGCAGCUCUAUAAAUGCAUUGUGCGAAGUUACGGUGGGUGCAGAAACUUUCAAGACUUCAGUGGUGAAGAAUCAGCGGUCUCCUGUUUGGAAGCAAGACAACUCAGCUUCUUUUGAGGCUCCAAGUGACGAUAUGGUGGUGGAGAUUCGUAUUUUUGAUGAGCACUUGUUUCGAACGACAGAGCUUGUCGCGACGCUUUCGAUACCUCUGAAGUCGCUACCUAACAUGCAAAAGACUACGAAAAAAUAUCCUCUUGCUCUUGGUAGCCGUUCAGCAGGAGCCGUUCUGACUUUAUCACUAGAAUAUGUGAACAAACAGAAGGCAUAUGAAGAGGAUCAGGAACGUGGCCGUCUUGAUGAUGAUUUGAGCCGCAACGGUAUGAUGAACGAGCGCGAUGAGAUGGUUAAAAUUAAGGCUGAGGCUCAGAUGGCCGCCGAUGAAGCUACACACCACGCUGCUCGAGCUCAGGAAGAAGCUCAUAUGCUGCUUGAGCAAUCCCGGCAGAAAGCUGAAGCAGCUAUGGCCGCAGCACGUGAAGAGCAGCGUGAGGGUAAGGCAGCUGUGGAGAAAGCUAUGGCAGAAGCAGCAAGGGCUAAAGAAGAAGCUGAAAAGCAGCUUGCUGAGGCUAGAAGAGCACAAGAAGAGGCUCAGAAGCUUAUUGAGGCAAAUCGCCGUAUCCAGGAAUCGGAUGUCCAGGGUCCAUCAAUUUAUGCUCAAUAUCGCCGCAUGGUUCAGGAUGGUCAUUCAAACGAUGAUGUAAAGAAAAAAAUGCAAGAAGAUGGUAUUGAUGAGGCUGGCAUUGGGGCAUUUUUUGAUGGUAUCAACUCUUAUGACGAAAAAAUUCGCGCUUUGCAGGCAGAAGUGGAAAAACUAAAGCGCAGCCGCUCCACGCGGCAGAAGGAUGAACCUAGAGCACAGGAUAUGCUAGCUAAUCUGGAUAUUUCUAGCGACCAAGUAAAGUUGCUACGUCGCUUGUUGAAGCUGGAAAAGCAGCUGCAGCAAGCUGGUAUUGCUGUCGCUGCUGAUAUUCCUUACGAAGAGGCUAUGGCAAAAGUUCAAGAAAUUUCAAAACGGAUGCAAGAAAUCGGUUCGGCUGAUGUGACGCAUCCAGACCCUGCAAUUCAGAAGCAGCUUCGUGAAGAGUAUUACCGUUUAGAGCAGGAUAUGGAGAAGUAUAACACUGCCUUGAUGCUAACUGACGAGUAUGCCGCUGAAGAAGCACGGAAGGAACGCGAGUGGGAGGAGGAAAAUUAUGAGGAGAAUAUGAAAGCACUGAAAGCCAUACGUCGGAUGAUGCCAGUCGAUGUGAAGAAGAUGUCAGAAGCGGAUCUUCAGACAGUACCAUCGGCGACUGGGAAGACGCUUUCGCGUGAAAUCGCUCGCAAAUUUAAGCGAACGAACGUUUUGGAGUUGCUUCGCAUGGAUCCAGCAGACAUUGCGAAGAAUCAUCCGUCGCUGCUGGAUAAUCUUCGUGUGACUGGUCUGACGGUGACCGAACGUCGUGCCCUGCACAUGCACUUGCGUGACAUUGCAGACACUUGGAAAUCGCAACAGGGUGAAGAAAUGACAAAAAAGAAAUACGAGUGGUUUAAAACGCUGAAGGAGACGUUUAAGACUGUUGUGAACUCGUACAAUAAGCACGUAAAGCAGUACGGACCCGAAGAUAACCACCCGUAUGCUACCCGUGACGAUCCGGACAUCGGUUGUCCUAUGCUUGGUAAACAGUGCCCAAUCAAAGCAAAUAGAGCCCCUGCAUACGACCAGGAUCUCGGGCAUCCUGAUGGAGACGUGUACAUGGAAUCCACAGUUCAAAAAGGUAACCCCGACGAUGCCGGCGCUAGAGCUCUUGCAGAAGCGCAAGAGCUGGCGCGUGCAAAACUUGCAAACUCUCGAGCUGACGCUUUGAAGAAACACUAUCGCAAUGUACGACUUGUUGCUGAAGCGAAUGGUGCGUGCGAAUUAAUCGACACCUCACUGGAUCAAGUCGAGAAUAGGCAAUUGCUCUGGUUUCAAGCACGACUUAAACGCCGACUUGAGCGUACGGAGACUGCUGCUACAAUCAAGGUGGAGCUGGCCGAAUUUGGCGAGCUUGUUAAUGAGAUUCGUUUGGCAAGUUUGAAGUUUGCCGAAAGAUCGGGAAUGAAUCUAUCGGGUAAACGGGAUUCAUCGCGCGAUGCAAAAGAUACGCGAUCAUCUAUUGAAUGUAAUCUGAUACUGCUUUACUGUGAGGCGGUGGCUGACUGCUUUGACGGUAUGGACGAACGCAUGGAGGAGGUAAAGGCGAAUGACAAGCGCCUGCUUUCGGCAAUUCCUAUCAUGCGGGGCCUUUUAAAAGAUCUAGCUGAAAAGAGUCGUGCUACGCUUGACUCACUGAAAGAUAAAGGUCCACCAGUGACCCGUCGCGUGAAAACUCGAGCUGAAAUUUUAAAAGAAGCAAAGGAGAAGAACAAAAGUGCUACAGCACCGGCAGAGGCCGAAGCAGCUGAGGAAGUGAACCCCAGUCGGGCUGUGCAUCCAAUGAUGGCUGCCAGAGGGAGAGGGCGUGGCGGUCGCGGGGGUGGACGUAAUGACCUCUUUUCAGCUAUUCAGGGCCGUGGUAGUGGCGACGAUGCGGGUCCUCCUACUGACUUUCUCUCUUCGAUUCGGGGUCGUGGUCGGGGCAAGCCCGGAGGUCCAGGACGUGCAAUUCGCGGCCGUGGCGAUGGAGGUGCGAAUCCUGGACGUGGUGAUUUCUUGUCUGCUAUCGCUGCACGAAAAAAGGAGUAG